AUGCCUGUAUCUAAGUGCACAGCUUAUUUCAUAAUUGAUGCUUUUGUUUUUCUGACUGCUGAGGCGGGGGAGAGAGACAGAGAAGUGAGCAGCCUGAACAGCAAGCUCUUGAGCCUGCAAGCUGACAUCAAGAAUCUACACGAUGUCUGCAAGAGACAGGGGAAGACCCUGCAGGAGACUCAGCUCUGUGUGGAGGAGGAGAUGAUGGACAGCGGCCACGAUAAGAAGCAAGUGUCAGCAUUUGAGGAGUCACACAUGGAGUUUGAGCCCAAUAAACAGUGUCAUCUGAGACAACUCCAACAGCUCAAGAAAAAGUUGCUGGCCCUUCAGCAAGAACUGGAGUUUCGCACCGAGGAGCUGCAGACUUCUUACUGUUCCCUCCUGCAGUAUCAGUCCAUCCUGGAGAAGGAGACUUCCGACCUGGUCAUUCUCCACCAUCACUGCAAGAUGAAAGAAGAUGAGGUGAUUCUCUAUGAGGAGGAAACAGGAAAUCAUAAUGAGAACACAGGGGAGAAGCUCCAUUUGGCCCAGGAGCAACUCGCCUUGGCCAGGGACAAAAUCCUCUCCCUAGAAAGGAGCUUAAACCUCUACAGGGAUAAAUACCAGACUUCCCUGAGCAGCAUCGAGUUACUGGAGUGCCGAGUGAAGAUAUUGGAGGGGGAGCUCAGCAGGAUCGUCGGUCAGGAGCCCAAGAGUAAUGGUGAUCAUUCAAAGGUGCAUAUAUACACUUCUCCCUGCAUGAUUCAAGAGCAUCAGGAGACCCUGAAACGACUAUCUGAAGUCUGGCAGAAGGUCUCUGAGCAGGAUGAUCUAAUAAAGGAACUUCGAAAUAAGCUAGCCUGCAGUAACGCUUUGGUUCUGGAGCGUGAAGAGGCUUUGAUAAAAUUACAAGCAGACUUUGCUUCCUAUACAGCCACCCACCGACAUCCCUCUAGCUCCUCAGAAGAUUGUGAAGACAUCAAAAAGAUACUGAAGCACCUGCAGGAGCAGAAAGACAGCCAGUGCUCGCACGUGGAGGAGUACCAGAACCUCGUGAAGGAUUUGCGCACGGAGCUAGAAGCCGUGUCAGAAGAGAAGAAAAGCAUCAUGGAGGACAUGUUGAAGCUGGAGCUGGACCUGCACAGGCUGCGGGAAGAGACAUCUGCCCGCUUGGAGAGGAAGGACAAGGAGGUCGUCAUCCUGCAACGGCGACUGCAGGAGCUGCAGGUGCAGUUCACUGAGACCCAGAAGCUCGGUUUGAAGAAAGACAAGCUCCUCCAGGAGAAAGAUGAGAUGCUGCAGGAGCUAGAGAAGGACCUGGCACAGGUUAAGAACACCCUCGUAAAAAAGGAGAUGGAGUUGGAGAAGCAGCAAUGCAUGACAAGAGAACUCGAAGUUGCCAUCCAGGAGGAGAGACGGGAUAAGUGCAAGGCCGAGUAUGGGCACCUGGGAGCUGAGAUCAAGAAGCUGAAGGACUGUCUCGAAGAUGCCAAACAGCAGCACAGGCUGGCUGCUCAGCAAGCAGCCCAAUAUAAAGAAGAAGCCAUUCUGGCAAAGGGUAACCUGGAGGAUUGCCAUAGGAAACUGCAAAGCUGCAUUUGCCUGGAGAAGCAGAAGGCAGAGACCAUCCAGGAGCUCCGGAGAGAACUUCAGAAGCUACAGAAGGAUUCCCUAAUGGCAGAGGAGGAACUCGCGCCCAGCAGGAAACGGAUAGAGGAGCUGACAUCAGAAUUAUCUGAGUUCUCCAGAAAGCUUGAAAUUUCAGAGAAGGAAAAGAGGCAGCUUCAGAAGACAGUGACUGAGCAGGAUGUAAAACUGAAUGACCUGCUAGAUCGUAUAAAUCACAUUCAACACCAGAACAGGAAGCAAGCCUCCUCCAAAUGCAGUCUAGAAGAACAGCUUCAGGAGGAAACCAGGUUGCUGGAGGAGAAACAGGAGCAGCUGAAAAAGAGUAAAGAGCAGGAGAAGCUACUGCAGCAAGAGCUCGAGAUAUUCCGACAGGAAGGAAAAAAGAAAGAAAAGAUGUCAAAGGAGAAUUUGAGAAAGUUGGAGGAGGAAAAUGAUAAUCUCAAAUCACAGUUAAAGCAAUGUUCUGCGCAACUGGAUUCCUCUCUCUGCAAACAAAACAGCACCCAGCAAAUCAACCAGGAGCUGACUCGUAAGAUAAUCCUUCAGAAGGAGACCAUGGCGAGUCUGCAGAUUCAGCUGGACAAGGCUGCGGCGAAAGAGAAGCAAUACCUCCAGACCACGGUCAGUAAAGAUGUCUAUGAGGAGGUAUGCCGGAAGUCAGCCUCCUGCCAAGAUGACCUAACACAGGCCCUGGAUAAGCUCAGUCAUUCGACCUCAGAGACAAAGAGUCUUCACCAAAUUCUGACACAGGCCCAAGACAGGAAGAUUCAGCUGGAAGAGGAAGUCAUUGCUUACGAGGAGAGGAUGAAAAAGCUGAAUGUGGAGUUAAAAAAACUGCAGGGCUUCCAGCAGCAGAGUGAGCUAGAGGUGCAGGCCUUCGACAAAAAGCUGGAGGACAUGAGCAACCAGGUGCUGCAGUGGCAGAAGCAGCACCAGCGGGACCUCGAGGUGCUGGCCGCUAAAGAGGAGCAGCUCAGGGCGUUCCGGGAGGAAAUGCGCGCCCUGAAAGAGAGCCUCCUCGCGGACGGGACGGAGUCCUGUUGCCUGUCCCAGCGGUCUGCGCCUAAAGACACCUGCAGGCUGCACCGAGAGAACGAUCAGAUUAUGUCCAACAUGGAGCAAUGGGCAAAAGAGCAGAAGAUCGCCAAUGAGAAACUAGGAAACAAACUCCGUGAACAGGUCAAAUAUAUCACCAAGCUGACUGGUGAAAAGGACCACCUCCACAAUGUAAUGGUCCAUCUGCAAAAGGAAAACAAGAAACUAAAGAAUGAAAUAGAGGAGAAGAAGCUGAAAGCUGGGCCCUCAAGGGUAUGUACCAAAGCCCUAUGGCCAAGCAAAACAGACCCCACAUCAAGGGGGAAAGUGUAUGGCACCUUGGACUGGAGAGGGAUAACCCAAGAUGUGAGCCAAAGAAUGGACAUCACCAAGUCUGUCGGGAUGCCCCACUGCUCAGGUAUGUCCACCAUGCGGCUUUUGCUACUUACUAUGGUGCUGUCUUUCUUAGUCCAUUGGGUCAAAAAAGAAAAAAAAAACGUAUUUUGAAGAGAUCACUGGAUUGGAAAUUCAAAUAGGGGAAAAAAACAAAUCUUUUGCUUAGCUAUUCUGGACCAGAGAUCAUUGUUUUCUCCUCUGUAAAGGGGGAGGCAAAUGAAUUAAGGCUCAUCCUGAUUUAAGAAUCUUUGAUGUUACCCAAGUGCCUCCUAUCUCAGACCUAUCCCUUCCCCUGACCCAGUCCCUUUUGGGAGGUGUGAGGAUAAGAAGGGAACAGGCAGAAUAGGCAUUUUUCUCCUCUAACGUGUUUUGGAAGCCUCACAAGAAUGCCCUGGUCUCCUGUUCGGCCUGAGUCCAAGGCUACCUUUUCUGCCACCUGUAGACUCCAUGGUACCCCCAAGGUAAGAAGUCACCUGCAACAGAGCUGCCUGGCCACGAGACUAGUCCUUGAGAAAUCACUUCAUUAAUUUCUCCUCAAAUCAAGAUUGUCAUUUCCUCCCUGUUCCCUCAGGUUCCUCAUAUUGCUAGAAUCAGCGCCUUGCCCUGAGCAUCAUUUCCAUGCAUGUUUUUCAGAGGACAGUGAGUUCCUAUUCCUCUCUUGACUUGGAUCAGCUCUAACCGGAAUAUGUCAAGGUCCAAGCCUAUUCUGCAAGAUGCUAACGUUUUAUUGAGUUUUGUCUACUUCCUGCGGCAGAGUGAGCCUUGGAACCCUACUACCAUCUCCAGGCCCAAACUCUAAAAUAAAGACAUGAGCACAGCAGCCUCAGUGAGCUCGUGGUGUCUUGCAGACAAUUCUGCCCCCUCAGGUCCCCAGCAAUGUGUUCAUCCCUAU